CGAUCGCCCCAGGCAACCGUGAUUGGCUGUCGCCAUGGAGACGAGCGUCGUUAGUUCCGGGACGCGGCCCCCAUGGAGGAGCGCCGCUUGGCGGAGGCGCGACUUUGAAUUUUAGUUUUUUUCUGAGGCACAAAAAAUAAUUUAAACCGCGAAGAUGCCGCGAAAGUUGUUCAAAUGCACGGUGGAGUUGGACGUGCAGGCGGUGACAUGUCCAGGUGUGUUCCUGCCCAACAAGGACGACAUCUACCUGAGCGUUUGCAUGUUCGGCCAGUACCGCAAGUGCCGCUGCAUCCCGGCCGUCUUUCCUCUGCUUGUGCAUGAGCGUCUGCGCUUCCAGAAGGUUUUCCCUAGAGCAACGGACCCGGCAGAUGUUGCUCAGCUCCUGGAAGAGGAAUGUGUGCGCAUCGAACUGAUACAGCUUACUCUGCCAGGCGGAGAGUCCCUGGCCACCCACGAAGGCGACGUUCGAUGCUUCCUGUUCCCGGAGCCUCGCCUCACCCCACCAGCCCACGGUUCCGACGGGCAGAUCCUUCUGAACCGUGCGCACAACUACCCUGGCAUCGCUCCUCAGCUGGAGUUCUCCACUCGGACCUCCAUCGUGGAGACGUCGCGACGCGCAGACGGGGAGGAGGAUGCGCACUGGGGCCCCUGCUCCUUCUGCUGCUACGGCAACGACGCCGACGAGGCGGCGGCGAUGACGACGAGGAGGCCACGCGGGCGCUCGCCAGUCGCAAGGACGUCGCCGAAGAGGGCCUCGGCGGGCGGUGCUGCGAGGCCGGCGAAGCGACGUAGCGUGUCGCGAGCCGCCGCUGCCGUGGGAUCACGCGCCAGAAGCACCUCUCCCCGCCAGGGAUACUUCCCAGGGACCAGAAGCUCGCCUUCGGCUACGCCCAACAGAGGCCAAGGCAAUUGGUCUGGCAAGGUGGCCACCGUGCACAACGUCACAAUCAGUUACGAAGACGGCGACAACGACGACGACGAUGACGGUGACGGAGGUGACGACGAUGACCUCACGGUGGGGGCGCUGGCGGCCCGGCCGCUGUCGGCCCCGACGGCCAUGUCACGGCGGACGCCGUUGCAGGAUGGGAACGGGGUUCAUCGUGAGGCACCCACGCGCAGUCUUCUUCUCGCUGACCCACGCGGCUUGCCGUGGGGUUUUGUCAGGCGUGAAAGCUCGCCGGUGAACUCCUGGGAGAAAAUUCACGAGAGGGUCAAAAACUUGCUCACGACUCACCGUGCUCGCGACAGGCUGUGGAAGGGGGCGACGGAGUGGGAGGUCAAGGAAGUCCUGGAGAGGAGGAGUUUGUCUCCGCACCGCCUCACUUUUCGCGAGAGCCACUGACGGGCAACGGGGCGAUCGCGCACGCAGUCCACCCCCCCUGAGCGCGGCCACGAACAUCGUUGGCAGACAACGCUGGGGAAAGUUCGCUACCCCGCACGACAACACACAGAGACCCCGCGGGUCACCCUCCGCUGCCUACUACCUCUAAUUUCCCUUGUACUUAAGUAUUUCUUGUUUUACACUUCAACACAGCUGAUUAUUAUUAACCCUCUCUAAUUAUUAAAAGCAAAGCCUGUGCGUUUUGGUUUCAUGUGAUUUUUGUCAAAGGGACCGACUCCAAAUGUGCGGAAGGUUUCACGUAAUUUAUCACAAAAUGACGAUUAUUUACAUUACAGCAGACACUGAGCUUCCUCUGGACACCGCCUUCAUGAAUGCCAACCUCUUUACUAAAUCUCCCUGCCAUAGGAUCACACUUGCCACCGCCAGGUGGCAACACUGAAUAGCUUUACGCUACGUCCUGCGGAAGGAGGACCCGCACGCACAAACGAGAGCUUUGGGAGGCGUGCUGUCACCACGGCUGAAAUUCCAACAAAUCAUCGCAGUCCACCAUAGUGGACAUGAUGCACGAGAGGGUUAAACACAAGAGGUGGGGGGUGGGGGAUGCUGUGCGUCAUAUGCUACGCGGCACGUGCCAGCGACCAUCGGUGCCAAAGUUAGCAUUGAUAUUAGCAGCGCAGGCACCGUGCUCUGGUUUGUGCCAUUCAAGGAGAGUGUUUAUAAAGGUUGAUGAUUCAACGUGUGCCUUUGUUUCGGUGACUGUGGAAAUGCCUUUCUCGUGCCCCGAGCCACGUGGUGGCAAGUCCACACUUCUAAAGGUCUCUUCCGUGGACACAACGACUUUCAGUUUUCCUCGCAAAAAGCGAUGCUCAUUUUAAUGACCCCCCUGAAGGGAUGAUUGGUCGAUUUCGCUCCCGGCCAGGAUUUGAAUGUAACCCUCUGAAUUUGAGUAAAGUGAUCUGUCACAUCACCACGCAGCCUGUUUAAAUAAAUAAGUGUUAUAAUUACAGUACAGUAUCUUAAAACAGUGAAUGAGUCCUAGAAUUACAAAAAUAGAAAGUGAAAGGCGAAUGUAAUUGUCUUAUUUUAAACCGUGAAACUCAACAAAACCUUUGCGAGAGUUCACAUCUAAAUAUGGUACAAGCUCUGGAGAUUUACGGGGUGGCAUGGUGAUUAAUGACUAUCAGAUAUAGUAGCGCCUUUGCUAAAGAAGAGAACAGGAAACAAACAAUAACUGCGGGCUGUUGUCACAUUACACCCCUGCGUGGACACGGUGGAUGUAUCGUUUACAAUGCGCAAGGUCAAGAACUGCUCCACGCAUCGACCACAAAACUCGCCGACCAUCAUGCAAGGACUUUAGACAUUUGCCAGCUGUUUGACACAAAGGCUUUCGACCAAUAUUAUCCAUAAGAGGUUUUUGGGUUCAACAUGCCAAUUCGUCGCUGUACGAGUAACGAAUUGUCACGUUUUGUUUACGUGACAAUCCUAACUGACUGUGUUGGGUGGUGGUGGGUUUAACGACACAUUUAUAUUUACGCCAUCUAACCCAAAAACCUAUAUUUAUGGAUUUGCCAGCUGCUACGAAGUCAGUACAUUGGAAUGUCACCAAAAAAAGCCAAGCAAUGCAGUUCCUUUUUGACUUUCCACUGUAGACGGUCCCUUCGUACACCCAGGAUGUCAUAAAAGAUCACGUUAGUUGUUCGACUCAAAAAGAACACUUUUUUUGCUAUUAAAUAAUGACAUUUAGACAUUAAUCACAAAAGUGCUAGCUAGCUGCAGUCACCGUAGCCUUUCCAGUUAUUACAUUUGAUUUUCUUGACCCCGUUUGGGGGCAACGCUGCAUUUCCCACCGUGUCCUUGCGCUCAUUUUUCGGCAUUAUUCCUCACCUUUGGAAGAGCUUCACAGCCGUCGGGGUCGCGAGGUCACGUCUCCAGAGAUCCUCCGUAAAAAAAACUACAAAAACGACGAUUGCAGGUGUCAACCACCUCGCACGACGUGAAACGUGUGGCAAGUGAAGUGAACUUGGCCAAGGGGUUAGUUGGCCGCUGUUGAGAGGAGAUGCGUGGUCUAGCAAAUAACAUUUCAGGGUUUCGUUUGCCUUUGCAAGGGUAGUGUGGUAGCAAGGGCCCAUUUAAAAUACUACCGUUCUCUCUGUGAUGAAUGAUUUUACUUUCUAAAAUUGUGUGGUUUACAUAUAUAUGCUGUGUUAACGCAUGUAAAAAAAUUUGUUUGUAUUUGCAUCAAACGUAGGGAAGGUUUCAAGUCAGAGAAAGGUUGAACAAAUACUUUAAAUGAUAUAUGUUGGCUAUACCUUGGGUUACCGUAACCUUACAAAGAACAGUUAAUCUUCUACCCCCGUACCCUGAAGAAUACUAUCCAUAGUGCAUUCCUGCGGUCCAUUUAUGUCAACAUAGCAACCUGCACGGUCAGAAUUAAAUAUAAUGCGAUACAUUUCUUCCAAAACGCAAACGCAAUUUUUUUGUUAACGUGCCAAAGUUUACAUUCAAUCAAUUUAUACUCAAACUUACUCAAUGUUUUGAUUGUUUUUGUCGUUGUUGAAGGAUUGAAUAAACUUAAUAACGAGAAAAUG